AUGGCAGAUGAACAGAUCUCCGAGCUGGCCAGCUAUGAAUGCAGCGUCAAGAAGAAUCUAGUGAUCAUCAGUGAGAAGGCCGAGAGCGAGAGCAAAAGCGAAAGCGAGAGCGAGGAAGAUGAAAUCUAUGAAAAAGUGCAACCUGGGCAGGAUUCCAAUGACUGUUGCUUUGAUCCUGUUCAAAAAAUUGUCCAUGGAUUUAAGCACUUUCUCUCCAAUAAAUAUUACAAGUAUCCAUGCUUGUUUAAUGAACUUGCUGCAACCCAACAUCCCAAGUUUUUGGUGUUUGCAUGCUCGGAUUCCCGAGUUAGUCCUUCACAUAUCUUAAAUUUCCAACCUGGAGAAGCUUUCAUGGCCCGCAAUAUUGGCAACUUAAUUCCAUCUUUUGACAAAUUCAAAGACUUUGAAGUUGGAUCAAUCAUUGAAUAUGCUGUAGAAGAGCUUAAGGUAGAAAAUAUUUUAGUUAUUGGACAUAGUCGUUGUGGUGGAGUAAAAAGACUUAUGUCUCACCCUGAAGAUGGUUCCGUCCCUUUCGACUUCAUAGACGAAUGGGUGAACAUUGCCCAAGCCGCGAAGAUCAAAGUCAAAGCUGAGCAUAGUAAAUUGACAUUUGAGGAACAAUGUGAAAUAUGUGCUGAGGAAGCAGUGAAUCUGUCUCUGAAGAAUUUACAUUCUUAUCCAUUUGUUCAGAGAGGAAUUAAAGAAAACAAGAUAGCACUAAGGGGUGGAUACUAUGAUUUCGUAAAUGGGUCUUUCAAGCUUUGGGAACUUGAGUGA